AAAUUAGAUUAAGGAUGCUUUAUUUCCAGACCCAAGCACGGCCCAAACCCUAGUCGCUAUAUACAAUCGAAUCAGAAGGAAAGUCUCCGUGAACUUUAAGCCGCUUCUCCUUCUUCUCCUCCCUAUCAAAAAACCCUAAAGCACUCUGAUGGCGCCAAAGAAGGAUAAGGCUCCACCACCGUCAUCGAAGCCAGCCAAAUCUGGCGGAGGAAAGCAGAAGAAGAAGAAGUGGAGCAAGGGAAAACAAAAGGAGAAGGUAAACAACAUGGUUUUGUUUGAUCAAGCUACCUAUGACAAGCUUCUCAGUGAAGUCCCAAAAUACAAGCUUGUCACUCCUUCAAUCUUGUCUGACAGAUUAAGGAUUAAUGGCUCGCUUGCACGCAGAGCAAUCAAGGAUUUGAUGGCCAGAGGUUCCAUUAGGAUGAUAUCAGCACAUGCUAGUCAGCAGAUCUACACUAGGGCAACAAACACCUAGAGGAUGUAUUUUUUUUCAUAUCCUGAAGUUCCGUGCAGGAUAUACCAUUUCUAUUUACUUUUUUUUGUCUGAAUUUUGAUGCAAUUUUAUGAGAGGAGUUUUGACACAUGUUUUUGUUGUUUGGUAGAUUAAUGGAUCUGGUACAUGUAUGUUUGUUUCACAUUAUAUCUUAAUCAGCCAUGCUAAAUUUUGCUUGAGGCUAGUAA